AGUGGAGCCCCUGCUUGCCCCUCUCUCCCUGGGUCUUUCUAAUAGGGGUUGGGGGUGGGAGGAGACUCGUCCUACCCCUCAUCCCUACUCAGGCUCCGGGUCACUGUGGUAGUUCCUGCUGGGAUCUAGCCGGCUGGAACCCGCCCUCCUUUUCAAGGCUGCAAUUACUUGUGAGCUUCCUGUCCCUCCCAGGCUUGGAGAAGCUAGGUAGGGGGUGGGAGAAGGUCAGUUACCAGGACAAUGAGGUCACUGGGGAAUCUCUUGGGAUCUUAAGUUGGAGAGGGUGGAGAAGUCCUCUCCAGUCUCUUUCUCCCCUAAGACCUCAGAAAGGAAGGACCAGAUUGUACGGGAAGCUGGACACAUGAAGGUUGGGACUGUUGGAGUGUGAAGGGGGUCAAAGGUCUGGAAGCAAAGCCCUCCUCUGCCAGAUAUGGGGGCAAUGUGCUUAGGUUUCUAGGAAUAACGUAUUUGGCUUUUAGGGCUAGAGACCACUGUUCCCCAUCUUUCUACCAUGCCCCUCCUGAUGGGUGGAGCAAGAUAGAUUGAACCUUUUGUGCCUGUGCUUCGGAAGCUCUCUGACCCCCUUGGAGGCUGCAUGUCUUGGCUCUUUUUUUUUUUUUUUUUUUUUUUUUGGUUCUUUUUUUCCGGAGCUGGGGACCGAACCCAAGGCCUUGCGCUUCCUAGGCAAGCGCUCUACCACUGAGCUAAAUCCCCAACCCCAUGUCUUGGCUCUCUUAUGGCUCAUUAGAUUCAUGAAGUGUUCCUGUGAGGCAGCAAGUGCCAGCAGGGCAUGUGCAUGCACGGGGUGAAGAGGGUGAACCAGAGUCCAGGAAGGCAGGCCUGGGCAGUUUAGGCUACACCUCCCUCUUUAGAAAACCCAGGGGAAAGUGGGUUCACCUUCUGAAGAAGAUUUAGUUCAUCAGAGACCAGGACAAGAGAAAAAGAAGGCAGGGUAGCUCAGGGGGGUGGGGGUGGGGCUCGCAGCCAGAUGUAGAGAGGACUUUCUGACUAUGGCUAAGGCAGUAUAGCAAUGGGGCGAAAACAGCUUUGAAAAAGAUGUGGGAGAGAUGAGGUCUUGUACUAUAUGUGGGAACAAAAAAGGCUCAGGGUGACCUUGGCUGGCCCCACAGGUGCAAACAAGACUGGACAGUUUGGGGGGGGGGAGUGUUUCUAAUCUCCAAAUCAAAUCCGUCCAAAUGAUGGCAGUGGCUAAGAGUCACAGUACUUGUGUCCCGUGCCUUAUGACAGCUUCAUCUUUGUCAUACUAAAUAUGCUCACAACAGCCUGGUGGGACCAGUCCCAGUGGUUUCAUCUUCCAGAUGUGAAGAGGGAGGCACAGAGAGGUCAAGCAGCUGGUGAAGGGCUGCACAGCUGCUGAGUGGCUGAGCUGCGUUUUAUACCCAAGAUCUACCUGCAGAAUACCUCCGACACCCUCGUGUCCCUGCUCCAUGCACAACCUGGCCUAGGACCUUAGCCAUGACCGAAGGAACUGGUCUGACGCCACUUACCAACAGUGAGGGCUCCCUGGACUUCAGAGUGAGCCUGGAGCAGGCCACCACAGAGCAUGUGCACAAGGCCGGGAAGCUCCUGUACCGUCAUCUCUUGGCAACGUACCCUACCCUCAUCCGAGACAGAAAAUACCAUCUGCGACUACAUCGGCAGUGCUGCUCUGGCCGGGAGCUAGUGGAUGGGAUCUUGGCUCUGGGUCUUGGGGUCCACUCACGGAGCCAAGCUGUGGGCAUCUGCCAGGUGUUGCUGGAUGAGGGUGCCCUUUGCCAUGUAAAACAUGACUGGACCUUCCAGGACCGAGACGCCCAAUUCUACAGAUUCCCUGGACCGGAGCCCCAGCCUGCAGGAACUCAUGACGUGGAAGAGGAGCUUGUUGAGGCAAUGGCCCUACUCUCCCAGCGAGGGCCUGAUGCCCUACUCACUGUUGCACUCCGGAAGUCCCCGGGUCAGCGUACAGAUGAAGAGCUGGACCUCAUCUUCGAGGAGCUGCUACAUAUCAAGGCGGUGGCUCACCUUUCUAACUCGGUGAAACGGGAACUAGCUGCUGUUCUGCUCUUUGAACCACACAGCAAGGCAGGAACUGUGUUGUUCAGCCAGGGGGACAAGGGUACCUCAUGGUACAUUAUCUGGAAGGGAUCUGUCAAUGUGGUGACCCAUGGCAAGGGGCUGGUGACCACGUUGCACGAGGGAGAUGACUUUGGACAGCUGGCUCUGGUGAACGACGCACCUCGAGCAGCCACCAUCAUCCUUCGAGAAAAUAACUGUCACUUUCUGCGUGUGGACAAGCAGGACUUCAACCGCAUCAUCAAGGAUGUGGAAGCAAAAACCAUGAGACUGGAAGAACACGGCAAAGUGGUGUUAGUUUUGGAGAGAACCUCUCAGGGUGCUGGCCCUUCCCGCCCUCCGACCCCAGGCAGGAACCGAUAUACGGUAAUGUCUGGCACCCCAGAGAAAAUCCUAGAACUCCUGUUGGAGGCUAUGAGACCGGAUUCCAGUGCUCAUGACCCAACAGAGACAUUCCUCAGUGACUUCCUGCUGACGCACAGUGUCUUCAUGCCCUGCACACAGCUCUUUGCCGCCCUCCUGCACCACUUCCACGUGGAGCCAUCAGAGCCUGCCGGGGGCAGCGAGCAGGAACGCAGCACCUACAUCUGCAACAAGAGGCAGCAGAUUCUGCGUCUGGUCAGCCGGUGGGUGGCCCUCUACAGCCCCAUGCUCCGCUCAGAUCCCGUGGCCACCAGCUUCCUCCAGAAACUCUCAGACCUGGUGAGCAGAGAUACCCGACUUAGCAACUUGCUGAGGGAACAGUAUCCGGAGAGACGGCGACACCACAGGUUGGAGAAUGGCUGUGGGAAUGUAUCUCCUCAGACCAAGGCUCCUCCCCACACGCCAGAACUUGUGAUGUGUUGUAUGUUCCCAUCGGUCACGUCCCCCCAGGAUGCAGGGCUGGACGUGAGAGACUUGCUUCUUCUGCAUGUGGAGCAGAGCUGUGAAACAGAAGCACCUGAGAAAGCCCGGAAUGCACCUGUUUGGUUUCCUAACCAUGAGGAACCCCUCCCAAGCAGCGCUGGGGCCAUCCGAGUCGGGGACAAAGUCCCCUAUGAUAUCUGCAGACCCGACCACUCGGUGCUGACCCUGCACCUGCCGGUGACAGCCUCCGUGAGGGAAGUGAUGGCAGCUUUGGCCCAUGAGGACCACUGGACCAAGGGGCAGGUGCUGGUAAAGGUCAAUUCUGCCGGUGAUGUCGUUGGCUUGCAGCCAGAUGCCCGCGGUGUGGCCACAUCCCUGGGGCUCAAUGAGCGGAUCUUUGUUGUCGACCCACAGGAAGUGCACGAGCUGACCCCACACCCUGAGCAGCUGGGGCCCACUCUGGGUUCUUCUGAGAUGCUGGACCUAGUGAGUGCCAAGGACCUGGCAGGCCAGCUCACAGAGCAUGACUGGAACCUCUUCAACAGGAUCCACCAGGUGGAGCUGAUCCACUAUGUACUGGGCCCCCAGCACCUGCGGGACGUCACCACUGCAAACCUGGAGCGCUUCAUGCGACGCUUCAACGAGCUGCAGUACUGGGUGGCCACCGAACUCUGUCUCUGCCCGGUUCCUGGCCCCCGGGCUCAGCUACUCCGGAAGUUCAUCAAGCUGGCAGCCCACCUCAAGGAGCAGAAGAAUCUCAACUCUUUCUUUGCGGUCAUGUUUGGCCUCAGCAACUCGGCCAUCAGCCGCCUGGCCCACACCUGGGAGCGUCUGCCCCAUAAAGUACGGAAGCUGUACUCGGCCCUGGAAAGGUUGCUGGACCCUUCCUGGAACCACCGAGUGUACCGAUUGGCUCUCACCAAGCUCUCUCCUCCUGUCAUCCCUUUCAUGCCCCUGCUACUCAAAGACAUGACCUUCAUCCAUGAAGGGAACCACACACUGGUAGAAAACCUCAUCAACUUUGAGAAGAUGCGAAUGAUGGCCAGAGCCGUGCGGAUGCUCCACCACUGCCGAAGCCACAGCACCGCGCCUCUAUCACCACUCAGAAGCCGGGUUUCCCACAUCCACGAGGACAGCCAGGCAUCAAGAAUCUCCACAUGUUCCGAGCAGUCCCUGAGCACCCGGAGUCCAGCCAGCACCUGGGCUUAUGUCCAGCAGCUGAAGGUCAUUGACAACCAGCGGGAACUGUCCCGCCUCUCCCGGGAACUGGAACCAUGAGGAAGGACUGGCUGGAGCAGGCACUUCUCUCAGAGAAAGCCAGAGCCUGUGCAACCAAGAGGUCCAGAGGCCAGCCACAGCUGGGCAGGGCUCUCCACAGAGCGGACUCAAGGCCCUGGAGUGGGCAGUGUCGAGGCAGCUGUCCUCUGUGAUGACUGUCAGCUGUGAAGAUCUUUGAUGUUCACGGCCAAGGAAAAGGGGCCAUUGAGGCCCCAGAGGGGUAGGAGAGCUGGGAGGUGCAGGACUCUGGUUCAGUAGAGAGCCCUCCCACCGGGCUUUCUGCAUGUCUGUAUGUCUGUACAUGCAGCUGUGCUGUCCAUGGAUGCCAGGCCCUGUGCUUGUUUUCACAGGAGCCAGCGAGCUCACAUCUGCAUGGGGUGUGUGUGUGUGUGUGUGUGUGUGUGUGUGUGUGUGUGUGAGCACUGGGUGGUGCCUUGCCUGGGAGAGGGUGGGGAGUUCUGCUAUUCUCACCACACAUCUGAGAUAAACAGCUGGGUGUGGGCAGAGCCGCUGCCUAGAGUGGUGGUCCCUGUGGAGUUGUAUUGUUCCCAUAAAUUAACAAAGAUA